AUGGAAAAUUUCGUUUCGGGUUACCCUCCACCUCCAUACUACUUUAAUGAAUAUGAAGAAGCAGAUACGGAAGUAAAUAGUAUCCUAGAAAAACAUAGUAAUAAUAUAAACAUUACAGAAAAUAAUUUUAUAGAUAUAAUUAGAGAAAAAUAUGAUAUAUAUAAUAUUAAUGAAAAUAUAAAAAUAGAAAAUGAUAAAACCCCCAAGAGUAAUAUAGAUGAAAAACAAAUCACAGUUACAUUGGAAAAAAUAAAUCAAGAAAAUGAAAAAGAGAUGUGUAAAUUUUUAUUUGGACGACCCCCACCUAUCCCAUUAAAAGAUAAUUAUAAUAUUUUUGGAAUAAAUUAUGAUACUGAUCGAAAGGUCGAAGAAUUAGAACCUGAUGACAUUUUAUAUGAUAAUAAAAAAAAUUAUAAAGAAGAAUUUAUUCGAUUAUAUAAAAUGUAUAAAGAUUGUUUUUUUAGUUUAUUUGAUGAUAUUGUAAAUACCAGAAAAAAUGACAAAACUUUAAUAAAACAAUUGAUAAAAAUACAUACCAACUUAUUUCAUAUAUUAGCUAAUUUAAGAUAUCAUCAAACUAUUAACAAUAUCAUAAAUAUUUUAAAAAUACAAAUUAAAAGAAGACAAAUAGCUAUUGAUAAAAUGAAAAUUAGUUUGUUCAAUGUUUAUAAUUACAUAUAUUUUGUUCAAACCAAUUUUUCAAAAAAUAACAUGAUUAAAAAUGAAAGAAAUAUACUAAAAAGAAAGAAAAACGCACACACACAUAUGGAAAACGAAAAUGAAGAGGAAUAA